UGAGCAUGCACACGCAGGGAAGAGCGGAAGAAACAAAAAGCUGAGAGGUCAUCUUUACCCUGGAACAUUUAGUCCUGUCUAACCCAGAGGUUCUUUGACUGGCCUAAUAAUUAAAUUGAUACAAGACAGAUGAACCGGAGAAAAACAAAAGUUUAAUAACAUGUGUAUCCACUGUAUACGUGGGAGAGACCCAGGAGAACUGAGUAACUCUCCGAAGUGGCCCAAGCCACCACCUUCAAUACCAUCUCCAGCUAAAGACAGAAGAUGCUAGGGUGAUAAGUCAGAUAAGUAUGAUCCACGUGAUGUUGAAAGACUACAGCAAGAUGAUAACUGGGUUGAGAGUUACUUAUGUUGGAGGCAUAAUGUUGUAGACGAAACAUUGAAGAUGCUUGAUGAGAGUUUUCAGUGGAGGAAAGAAAUGUCUGUCAAUGACCUGACUGAAGCCUCCAUUCCCAGGUGGUUAUUGGAAAUUGGUGGUAUUUAUCUCCACGGUUAUGACAAAGAAGGCAACAAGUUGUUCUGGAUCAGGGUGAAGUAUCAUAUAAAAGACCAUAAGACCAUAUUGGACAAAAAGAAGCUUAUUGCGUUCUGGUUGGAACGGUAUGCUAAGAGAGAAAAUGGGAAACCUGUAACAGUGAUGUUUGACCUGUCAGAGACUGGAAUAAAUAGCAUAGACAUGGACUUUGUACGCUUCAUCAUCAACUGCUUUAAGGUUUAUUACCCUAAAUACCUCUCAAAAAUGGUGAUCUUUGAUAUGCCUUGGAUAAUGAACGCUGCUUUCAAAAUUGUGAAAUCCUGGCUUGGUCCAGAAGCAGUGAGUUUGUUGAAGUUUACAAGUAAAAAUGACGUCCAAGACUAUGUCAGUGUAGAAUACCUGCCUCUUCACAUGGGCGGAACUGAUCCUUUCAAGUAUAGCUAUCCACCACUUGUAGAUGAUGACUUCCAGACACCGUUGUGUGAAAAUGGGCCUGUUGCCAGUGAGGAUGAAGCUUCAAGUAAAGAAGAUAUAGAAAGUGAUGGCAAAGAAACCUUGGAAACAAUUUCUAAUGAAGAACAAACAGCUCUUCUUAAAAAGGUUAACAUAACAGAACCUACUUCCAAAGCAGAAGAGAAUGAAAAAGUUGAUUCCAAAACGAAAGCUUUCAAGAAACCAUUGAGUGUGUUUAAAGGGCCCUUAUUACACAUCAGCCCAGCGGAAGAACUGUAUUUUGGAAGUACAGAAUCUGAAGAGAAGAAAGCUUUAAUAGUGUUGACAAACGUAACGAAAAACAUAGUGGCAUUUAAGGUGAGAACAACCGCUCCAGAAAAGUACAGAGUCAAGCCAAGCAACAGCAGUUGUGACCCGGGUGCAUCAGUUGAUAUAGUUGUGUCUCCCCACGGGGGUUUAACAGUCUCUGCCCAAGACCGUUUUCUGAUCAUGGCUGCAGAAAUGGAACAGUCAUCUGGCACAGGCCCAGCAGAAUUGACUCAGUUCUGGAAAGAAGUUCCUAGAAACAAAGUAAUGGAGCAUAGGUUAAGAUGCCAUAUUGUUGAGAGCACUAAGCCAACCACUCUUACAUUAAAAGACCAUGCCUUUAACAUGUCAGAGAAAACCAGUGAGGAUCUCUAUCUACAACUCAAUCGUUUACUAGAAAGCAAUAGGAAGCUUGAAGACCAAGUUCAGCGUUGUAUCUGGUUCCAGCAAUGGCUGCUUUCCUUAACCGUGCUCUCGCUUGCUUUUGUCAUCUCUUUCUUCUAUUUGUUGUACAGUUAAAGAAGCGGUGCUCGGUAGGAAACAUGGCUUUUCCGUUCAUUAGUUGGAAAAAGUAACACCCAGAACUUCUCCACCGUGCUGAAAGUGUCGCACAUCUGUGCUUCCUCCAAGGAAAUGUACGGCAUUUAGGGGGCGAACUGAAACAUGUCUUGAAAAUAAACUGUUAGAAUAAGGAAACGCUGAAGGUAUUGAUUAUAAGAGACUAUAGGUAGUUAAGUAAGUAAAGGCAUAUCUGUUGUGUGACUUAAUAGAGAUAAUUUAUUUUUCCUUUUUGAUUUAGUACUUUUAAAGCUUGUUUUAUCAUGUAUAUAUGUUAGCUGAACGGAAAAGUAACAUGCUUUGUUGCAGCCAAAAACUGUCAUCUGCUUUUUUUUUGACAGAAUUAUUAUAGCUGAGCCAACUUAUUAGCUUUUCUAUACUAUGUAUAUAGAAGAACAUGUAUAUUGAAAAAACAUAGAGUAAUUUCUGUAACCAUGACUUUGUAAUUUUGAGAACUACUAACAGAUGCUAGUUGAUGUUCUUUUGGAAUGUACAACUACUUAAUGCCAAACCACCUUUAGCCUUUGUUUCUUAUCCGUCUUCCUUAACGGCCUGCCUGCCCUUUAUUAAUCUCAGACUUUUUAAUGAACACUCACACUCUCUCAUUUAGCUAGGAUUUGGGGAACUAAGUCUGGUUGGAUUUUCUCUAAAUUCUGUCAGUCAGUAACGUCCAGAAGAAGAACCUCUCCAGUCUUUUUUUACGCAGUUCCACAUUGCUCUCUCUGGCUGGACUCGGACCCUUUUGCUUCACUUAUUCUAAAGGCCUGAUCCUCCACUGGACCCCCUUCACCCUCCUUUCUAAAUGAAAGGAGUUAGAUAAAAUUUUUUUGAAAAGUAAGUUAGUUUUUGAGAUGCAUAGCAGUAUAAUUCAUUUACAUUUCAAUUCCUUGCUAAAAUCAGCCACGAGAAGGGAACUUGAUGAAAGACUGGAGUAUCGGUAAGGGUGAAAAAAAAAAAAUCGAAAGUGUCACUUCUCCGUUUAAGACUGAAAAAUACUGUAAAAACUUCAGACCAGGGUUAAUUGACUCACUUGAUAUAUUCUGCCUUUGUCACAGCAAUACUGAGGACGGUUCCUCAAUUCGUAACAUGAUACACCUCGCAGGAGCGGAGCCUAAUAAAAGUAGUUUGUUUUCUCAUUUAAUAUAACCAGUUUCGGUCCAUGUUGGUUCACAUAUAAAUCUACUUUAUAUGAAGGAAAAAAAUAGUCUGCCUGUAAAAUAAAUUUUGAGUUUUGAUUGA